UUGCGCAAAUUGCUUAAUUCAGUUCAUUUGACACCUGCGACUCUUGAUUCUUAUCGUCUCCGACUCGCUUUUUGCGUUUUUUAUCGCCUAUCUUUUCUCUUCGAAAUUUUCUGCAGAGCUCUUCCCGGUUGUCUAUCAACUGAAUUGCCUGCGAAAAAGUGAUCCGAUACCUUGAAUCAAACCAAAUAAACAUCGAAAUCAUAAUAUACAAUGGCUUUCGCUCCUAGAGGACGUGGUGGACCCCCCCGUGGUGGUGGUGGUCGUGGUGCUCCCCGUGGUGGUGGUGGUGCUCGCGGUGGCCGAGGCGGCUUUGCUCCUCGUGGCCGUGGUGGUCCCCCUCGCGGUGGCGGCCGUGGUGCUCCCCGUGGCCGUGGUGCUCCGCGUGGUGGCCGUGGUGGUCCCAAGGGCGGUGCCAAAGGUGGUGCUAAGGUCAUCGUUGAACCUCACCGUCACGGCGGUAUCUUCGUUGCCCGCGGCGGUAAGGAGGACUUGCUCGUUACCAAGAACCUGACUCCUGGAGAGGCUGUCUACGGUGAGAAGCGCAUUGCCGUUGAGACUCCCGCCGACGACGGCGCUGUCACCAAGACUGAGUACCGUGUGUGGAACCCCUUCCGUAGCAAGCUUGCUGCCGGUGUUCUUGGUGGUCUGGAUGAGAUCUACAUGCGCCCUGGCGCUAAGGUUCUCUACCUUGGUUCCGCUAGCGGUACCUCCGUCAGUCAUGUCGCCGAUAUUGUCGGACCUACCGGAAACGUCUAUGCUGUUGAGUUCUCCCACCGUUCUGGUCGUGACCUGAUUGGCAUGGCCACCCACCGUACCAACGUCAUCCCCAUCGUCGAGGACGCCAGACACCCUCUCCGCUACCGUAUGCUCGUCCCCAUGGUCGAUUGCAUCUUCGCCGACGUUGCCCAGCCCGACCAGGCCCGUAUCGUUGGUCUCAACGCCCACAUGUUCCUCAAGGAAGAGGGUGGUGUCAUUGUUUCCGUCAAGGCCAACUGUAUCGACAGUACCGCCCAGCCCGAGGUUGUUUUCGCUCGGGAGGUCCAGAAGAUGAGAGAGGAGAGAAUAAAGCCCAAGGAGCAGCUUACCCUUGAGCCUUUCGAACGUGACCACUGUAUAGUGUCUGGUAUCUACAAGCGUUCUGCAUAAAAGUGGUGAUUUAAUUCCGGUUUCUUAUCUUUUCUCGUCAUGUCUAAUCAUUUCAUGCUCUGUGUCUUGUCUUUUUUAUAUCUGGCGUCGAGUGUUUUGUGAUAUGCUGAAAUGUUUUCCUAUAUUUUUCGUUUUUGGCUGUAUGUUGAGGUGUUCUACACAUGUACUUCUGGUAUUUUAAAAAAGAAUGUACACGUCUGGAAACAUUGCUUAGUUUCAAUCUGGACUAUGUUGCAAUAUAAAUGGUUUGCUGCCUUGCAACUCAUUGGCUUAGGAACCCUUCUAAGAAACCGAU